AUGGUUUGUGGUUUGGUUUGGUUUUCGCGGUUUCAAACCGCAACCAUUGCGGUUUGGUUUUUGGGGGCAAGGUUUGCCCCCAAUUGCGGUUUUUGGCGCACUCUACUCCAGAGCCUCCCGCUAGGUACAAAGCUAUCUCUAGCACUUAAUUGUUGGACGUCACCGUUCCAGCAAGCAUUUAUGGCAAUCAUAGCUUACUUCCUAGAUCAGGACUGGGCGUACCGCGAAGUCCUCCUUAGCUUUGAACCUCUAUCUGGUACGCAUUCAGGCACUAACCUAGGUGAGGUUAUCUAUAAAAUUAUCGAUCGCGUCCUUGCGGUUACUACCGAUAAUACGUUAAAUAAUACGACGCUUAUAGCUGCUGUGAAUAGACUUCCGCAGAACCCAACUUGGGUCGAAGGUCUUGACCCAAAACCCAACCCAGGCUGGGUCCGGGUCGAACUUCUAUAA